UGUCCUACGUUUCAAUUACUCAUCAACCUCCUCCUUGGUCACGGAUACCACGGAUCUCUUCGUCACCUAUCUCUCGAUUCUUCAUCCUAAUGAAUCUGCUCAUGAUGAAUUGAAUCCUCCCGCCACACCCCCACAUCUCAUACUUGUACUCGUACAUGGCUACCUCUAGAAAUCAUCUGCUGCUUGUACGAUUCUGGUGCUUCGCCUUUUGAUUCUUUUUUGAAACCGCAAAACAAAGCUUGCGUCUCUCCAGGCUCUGACACCUCCCGAAUCGUGUCGAGCCCACUCCAGCGCCAUCAUGUCGCAUAACCAUGCUGCCAUGGGCGGAAUGUCCAUGGAUGGACUGCCCACCCUCUUCGAGUUUCCACACUACUAUUGGGCUGUAGUUGGCAGCGUCGUCGGCGUCGCAACGCUUGCCAACAUCUACAACCAUGUUCUUUGCAACCAGAGAUUAGCUGCAGCACGAGCAGGUCUAGCAAAACCAGCAAAACCAACUUCGUGGAUUCCAUCAAUAGUUGCAACACUUUAUGCCGUCACUCGAGAGUUUUCUAACUUUUCCUAUCGAAUCCCAAUUAAAGAUCGCAUAGUGCGAUUACCUACCUUUGGGAGAACAAGCCUGAUCGUGGGCAAUCUAAUCGUCCUGCUCGUCCUUUGCUUUUAUGGGUUUGACCUAAACGCAAGAUGGAAGCGUCAAGACAUAGGCUACCGAUGUGGCUUCGUUACCAUCGCCCAGAUUCCUCUCAUCUUUCUGUUGGCUGGUAAGAAUAACAUCAUCGGAUACUUGAGCGGUAUCAGCCACGAACGUCUGAAUUGGCUGCAUCGUUGGUGCGCAAGGUGUAUGCUGCUGACAGCGACCCUUCACAUGGGCUACCUCUUUGCGGACUGGGCUCCUUACGAUUACAUUGGUACCCAGAUCAAAGAGAAUCCGAUCGUUCAAAAGGGCAUGGUUGCUUGGGUCAUGUUGGUCUGGAUCGUCUUCAGCUCGAUGACGCCUAUUCGAGGUUGGAGCUACGAAGUAUUCGUCCUACAACACCUUGUUUCCUUUGCAGUAUUCAUCGGUUUCGUCUAUAUCCAUACCCCAGCCGAGGUCCAUGGCUACAUUUGGGCCCCCGUUGCAAUCUUCUGGUUUGACCGCGUCGUACGUGCGAUGCGAGUCGUGUACGCAAACUUGUCUUUCUUCCACCCCAAAACGCAGAGCCUCACCAAAGCGAGAAGCCUCUGGGCGUGUCAGGCCGAAUUCGUUCCUCUCCCCCACCAAACCACCCGGAUUAUCAUCAAAGAUCCUCCGAUUUCUUGGACCCCCGGCCAACAUGUUUUUCUGUCAUGCCAUUCGAUUGUGCCACUACAGAGCCAUCCAUUCACUGUCGCUUCCAUCCCAUCUGAUGGAAAAAUGGAGUUCUUGGUAAAGUCUGAAGCUGGGGGGACGAAACGCUUCUUCAGACACGCCGAGAAAACACACGGACUCCCCGCAUCCUCGGGGAAAUCAUGCAUUAAAACGGUUGCAGUUGAAGGCCCCUAUGGAUGCUUGCGACCGCUUCGGCAGUUCGAUAGCGUCGUCUUACUAGCCGGAAGCACAGGUGCUACAUUCACGAUGCCAUUGCUGCGCGAUAUUCUCCGAGGUUGGACAGAAAAUGCAGACCUUCCCACGGGUUCGUCAUCGUUAUUCCAGACACGAGGUGGUGCUGUGACACGCAGUGUGCGUUUCGUCUGGGUCGUGAAGAGUCGAGGGCAAUUAGGUUGGUUUUCUGACCAACUAUCGACCGUCUGCGCCGAGUUCCAGUCCCUCCAGGAAAGGCUGAGAGAUAUCAAGCUGGAACUGACUGUAUAUGUGACUUGCGAUGAUACGUUUACAGAAGAGCAUAAGACAUUGUUGUCCACUUUCGCAGCUCUAAAUCCUGACGCACCAAUCAAGAAGGAGAAGGAGCCAGAGCAUGGGACGGUCGAGAUUCGCAACAGAAACGCAUCCUUGGACGAGCCCGAGAAAAAGAAAGCAAAGUUCGCGGACGAUUCCCGAGAAGAAAUAACAGAGUUGACCAGGAUCAACACUCUGCCCGAGAAUGCCAAAACAUGCGGCCCGAAUGGGACAUGUUGUUGCAAGACCACAGUUGACGAAGAGGAUCAGGACGAAAUCGCACCCUGUUGCUGCUGUGGGCCCAGUACAUCGGCACCCGAUACCCCGCGUCGAUCCAAUGGAUCUUCAAUGUCUGUAUAUCCACCGAAGCUUCUGAUGAACCCAUCUAUCGCGGUAUUCGGGGGCCGACCAAACCCUCGAAAUAUCAUCAGGAAGUCACUGGAGCAAGCGAUGGGUGAAUCGGCGGUUGUUGUGUGCGGGCCACAGGGACUGGUCGCUGAUGUCAAGCGAGACGUUGUUUCCUUGAGUGAUGAACGUGCGGUCCACAAAGGAACAGGUGCACAAGGCAUAUACUUGCAUACUGAGAGUUUUGGUUAUUGAUUUAUGAAGAUGGUCGUAAAGGCCGAGGAGUUCAAGCAUCACAAGGUGAAAAGGGCGUUUCUACACUGGAGCAUUACAGGUUUAUAAGGACAUACCCUGUUGGUUUGGCAUUUUGCUUUGGCCGUCAUUUUCCGUACGCGAAUACUCAAUCCCAAUACCAGACGUUUUAUCAUGAUGGUACUAUCUGAUUCCCCUGUGUGAUUCCAGAGCAGCCCUUUUCUAUUGUGACUGGAUUGUUGACUUGGUCAUCAAAAUUCACUUUUAGACAAGCUAUCAUGUCUUGAACAACUAAAUUGGAAUGAA